CUGAAGCUGUAUUUAUGGUGGUUGGACAGGAUGUUUGUGUUAACUGCUUGGUCACUGCUGUUCUGCACAGGAAAGUAGCUGAGUUCUGCUGAUCUUCCGCAUGAAGCAGGUUAAAUUUUUACCUAACUUCAGACAACUGAGGAUCAGUACUCAGCAACAGAUGGGGAAAAAAGAAAGAGUAAUGCAACAACAACAACAAAGACCUGGAUCUGUUCAAACUGUCCAAAUGAUCCCUGGCAUAGGCCUGGCCCAGAGCAAGUGGCACACUUCAUUCUGGGUAGCAUGAACACAGCAUUACUCUCGAGCAAUUUGUACGAUGUGGCCGCCUUGUUUUCAAGAGUGGGUUGCUAGCCUGAGGCACUGAUUUUCCUCACUUUGUGGCUAUAACCUCAAUGCCAGUUCUGACUGUCCAUCCGUGGGCAAUCUGAAUUGUUCACAAGACAAUCCACCAACUUCUAUUUGGUUGGUUGGUUCCAACACGAGUUGGAAUUGGCUGGAUGAUCACAUUCAAAGAGCUGCCAUUAACGGCUCAACAUCCGGGCUGAGACCAGUGAGGAGUGGUGUCCUCGGGAGUGAGUACUGGGACCAGUAUUGACGAUGACACCAAGCUGAGCGGUGCAGCUGACACACUGAAGGGAUGCCAUCCAGAGGGACCACGAUGGGCUUAAGAGAGAACCUCACGAAGUUCAAUCAGGCCAAGGUCUACGCCUUGCUGUGCCUCACUGCAGCCUCGGGGACUGCAAGUUCAGCCUUCCCUCUGCAGGCGCUGGGAAAACUACCAUAGAGUUCCUUCCGCGGCUAGAGAGCCCACAGACGACAUGGCCGCCUAUGGAGUUCAGCAGCAGAGCGCGGCAGCGGCACCUGAGGCUGGCGGGGGACAGGCGGGAGCCGUACCCCCACAGCCUGCAGUUCUACCAGGAGCCCCCCACCGAGAGCAUCUCGCUGGUCGAGUUCGAGAGCUUCGCCGUGGACCGCCUGAGGCUGCUCAAGGUAGUUGAAAACCUUGGUGUGAGCUAUGUAAAAAGUGGUGAUGCGUACAAAGCUAAGCUGGAGGCUGAGCUCCGGAAACUUAAGUUUCCCUACAGAGCUUUGGCUGAGGAUGAUUAUGAUGCAAGAAGAAAGGAUCAUAUUUCUCAUUUCAUAUUGCGCCUUGCUUACUGUCAGUCUGAGGAACUCAGACGUUGGUUUCUUCAACAAGAAAUGGAUCUGUUCCGAUAUCGCUUCCACGAACUGACUGAUGGCCUGAGGCAGAAAUUCUUGGAUCAUGUUAACUUAUCAUUUGAAGCUAUUAGUGAAGACCUGAAAAAUGAAUUGGCAAAUGAGCUGUUUAUGUCAACUCCUGGCCUCAGUAUGACUAAAGUAAAAGAGCAAAUGUUCUAUAAGGUUGGACUGUCAGAUGCUGUUGAUCUGUUUAGAGCAAGAAGAGUGUUUAUUAAAGAUGGAUUUGCAUUUGUGCCACUGAAGGACAUUGAUGCUAUUGUUUUGAAUAACUAUAGAAAAAACUUAUCUAAAGCACUGGCGCUGACAGCACGAUCACUGCCUUCCAUACAGUCUGAUGAGAGACUACAACCACUGCUUAAUCAUCUCAGCCAUUCUUACGUUGGCCCAGAUUACAGCGUACAAAAAAACACUGGAAAAAUUGCUCUAGAGCACAUUGAUGCUCUUUCUGUGAAAUCAUUCCCUCUUUGCAUGCGCCAGUUGCACAAAGCCCUACGUGAGAACCAUCACCUCCGUCAUGGAGGCCGUAUGCAAUAUGGACUUUUCUUAAAAGGCAUUGGUUUGACUCUAGAACAGGCACUGGAGUUUUGGAAGAAGGAAUUUAUCAAAGGAAAAGUGGAUGCAGACAAGUUUGACAAAGGAUACGCGUACAGCAUUCGCCACAACUAUGGGAAAGAAGGAAAGAGAACAGACUAUACCCCAUACAGCUGCAUGAAGAUUAUCAUGUCCAAUCCACCAAGUCAAGGGGAUUACCAUGGAUGCCCAUUCCGCCACAGCGAUCCUGAGCUACUGAAGCAGAAGCUACAGUCGUACAAGGUUCCUCCCAGUGGAGUAACUCAGAUCCUGGAAUUGGUGAAGGGCAUGCAUUACCAGCUGGCGUGUCAGAAGUACUUUGAAUUGACACAUGAUGUUGAUGACAUUGGAUUUUCUUUGAAUCAUCCUAAUCAGUAUUUUGCAGAAAGUCAAAGGAUAUUAAGUGGUGGUAGAGAAAUGAAGAAGGAACCGAGUCAUUUGGGAAACUCUCAACAAAGAAAUAAUAGUCAGGAAAGCGUGAAUUCAAAUUCUACUCCCACCACUUCAAAUAUGACUACUGAUGCAGAGCUGGAGGGACUGGAGGCAUACUUCACUGAAGAUUAAGCAACUAUGGUAGCUUUUUUCUUUUUCUGUUCUUAACUGAAUUAAUGCUUUUACUAAGAAACAUGCACUUCACUACUUAGAAGACACAAGCAUUUAGCAAUUAGUGUAGGCUGAUGGAAAAGGAAGAAUGAUGCUGAAGCUGUAAUCACGUGCAGUGCUUACUGUUGUUGCUGUAGAAUACUAUUGCAUAGGGCAUCUUGAAGGAUGGGAAAUGGGAAAUUCCUUCCCAUUUCUUAGGUGCCUUUUGCCUGACUUGCCUUUUUUGAUUUUGUUUAAGAUGUAUAAUUAUUUUAUCCUGUUUUGUGGUCAUUUUUGUAUAUUAUUAAUAAAUAAAUUGCAAGAUAAAAAAUUGCAGUAUUUUAUUUUUAGCUGUCUUUAUAUGGCAAUUAAGUGAGACUUCUUCCUUGAUCUUAACUACCUUCUGAAGCAGUGAACAUGUUUUCUACACGAGGAGCUGAAGGAAAUCAGCUUCCUAAUUCGUGUACCUCAGCACUGAAUUUCAAGAACUUGUUAAUGUGCUUGAGGUAGAACCUAGCUAGGGUGUGCAUGUUACCUGUGUAGUUGUUAUGCUAAAGGCUUUAUUCUUUGCAGCAGCUGACUGAUUCAAACUAUUAAUGGUGUAAUUGGACUUUUUCUUUUAUUACUAUGAAGAUUUUGGACAAACCUUCAGUCUUUGCUUCUUGUAUGUUGUAUGUUCAUUUAAGGGCAUGUAACUUUCACAUACCUGGUGCAACACUGGGUGUUAAAAAAAAAUAUAUCUUUUGUUGCUAGAAGAGGAUUGACUAGUAGGGUUCACUGUUCCUUAAAUUAUUCCUGAUUUAAUUAAUGACUGCUCUGUGUAAAGUACCAGAAUCUUACUCCUUGAAUACCAUAUAUUCAAAGGAGUUGUAGAAAUCCAUCCUGAAAAAGGCUGCACUCCAGAUACUGAAGAUUGAAGCAGCAAGGAGUUACAGACAGUGAUGCUGGUGAAGCACCAGACAGCACUCCACUGAUGUGUGGGACUGUUGGACUCCAUUGAUGGUGAAGGAUUCUAUGGAAUCCACAGAUGAUUGAAGGAUUUUCACCUGAAGGUUUUGAAGUGCCUUUGUAAGUCAUGACAGUGCUCUAAUUUUGAAUUUAUUCUGCCCUAACUCUCCCAAAUGAUGACAUUGUCACUUUAAUCACAUUGCAAUUAAAAUUCUUAGCACUUUCCUUACCUUUACUCUGAAAUCUGUUACGUUGGGAAUGGGGGCUCCCUGUUUAUAUAUCUUCAUUGAUUGUUACAUUAGUAGAAUAUAAUUAUUUUUAGGAAUUCAAACAUAGAAUUUAAAAUAGGUCUCUGUUACAGGGAAGAAUAUAACCUCACUUAUCCUCUGUUAAGUGGAUAAAUCUUAAUCUAGAAUGCAAUGAACAUAACAUUAUUUGACCUUCACUAGUUUACUGCUGGUUUAUGUCUCAGCUCAAAUGACUUUGAACUGUAUUUUCUAUUUUCUUCCCUUUU